AUGAUACUGGAAACUGGAAAUAAUUCUCGACCACAGUCUUUAGUAAUUAGCGAUUUUAAUAAUGAUGGUCUAAUGGAUAUUGGCCUCGUGAAUUCACGUGCGCACAAUAUUGGUAUUUUUCUUGGAUAUGGAGAUAUCUCUUUUGGAAAUCAAAUCACAUAUUCAACUUAUCCAUAUUUAUAUCCAUGCUCUAUGGCUGUCGGUGAUUUCAACAAUGAUACUCGAGUGGAUAUCGUCUUUGCUAGUUGUGAGUCUGACAGUGUUGGUAUUGUUCUUGGAUAUGAGAAUGGCUCUUUUGGAAAUCAAAUGAUGUAUCCAACACGCUCCAAUUCGUCUGGAUACUCUUUAGCUGCUGAAGACAUUAACAAUGAUACUAUACUAGACAUUGUCGUCGCGAAUCAUGAUACCAAUUAUCUAGGUGUACUUCUUGGACAAGGCAACGGCACAUUUGCAAGUAACUAUGGUACAAAUGAGCAUAUAACUAUGGCACAAACGGUCAUUUUUUGGUACAAACGACCACGUAACUAUGGCAUGGGUGACCAUAUAGCAACCAUGGUACAAACAACUAUUCCGGUAACUAUGGCACAAAUGACCAUCUAA